UAACAUAAUUAACGAGCUGCUAUUUGCAAUUACAUGGAUGGGAAUAGGAGGGGGAAUGGGAUAGGACAACGGCGGAAAAACAAGGACACGUAUACGCUUCUUUGUCUCUCUGCCUCACACACACAGGCGGCAGCACGAGGGAAGCGGGGUACGUGGACAGAACGGUGGGCGGGCCCUAGAGUUUGACGGCGAUAAUUCGAUUGGCUGUUGCAUUUCAGCCAAUAGAAACGCAGCCGCUUUGUCUAUAUGAAGGGUGUUCAGAAACCACGGCCGUUUAUUUCAGCUGUGUUCGACGAGCUUGAUUGAAGUGCAAAAUGAGUGGAAGAGGCAAAACCGGCGGGAAGGCUAGGGCCAAGGCUAAGACUCGCUCCUCUCGCGCUGGGCUGCAGUUCCCUGUGGGCCGCGUGCACAGGCUCCUGCGCAAAGGCAACUAUGCCGAGCGCGUCGGCGCUGGCGCUCCCGUCUACUUGGCUGCUGUGUUGGAGUAUUUGACCGCUGAAAUUCUCGAGUUGGCUGGAAAUGCCGCUCGCGACAACAAGAAGACUCGUAUCAUCCCUCGUCAUCUGCAGCUGGCCGUUCGUAACGACGAGGAGCUCAACAAACUGCUCGGAGGAGUGACUAUCGCUCAGGGUGGCGUUCUGCCCAACAUUCAGGCCGUCCUGCUGCCCAAGAAGACCGAGAAGGCGGUCAAGGCCAAGUAAUCUGUUUUUCUCUUUCUCUGAUUUGUAUAGAAACAAAGGCUCUUUUAAGAGCCACCCACAUCAGCGA